CGGUAAUAUCUGGAAAGACAUCCUGAAAAGCGCCAGUCACUAUUUUGUCGGACGUUCAAGAAGAAACAAUUCAAGAUUUUUAUUUUUUUUUGUUUAUAAAAAAAUAGUGAAAAGAAAGAAAGAAAAAUGGUGUCAAUUAAUCCGGCAUUAAUGAAAGUCUUCGGUUUUUGGGGCGCUAUUCUAGUUAUUAAACUCUUGGCUAUGGUUCCAUUAACAGCACGACAAAGAUUUAGAAAGAAGGUAUUUGCAAAUCCAGAAGACACUGGUUUUGCACCGAAAGGUAAAGUGACCUUCGACGAUCCAGACGUUGAACGUGUUCGCAGAUGUCAUUUGAACGAUCUUGAAAAUAUUCUACCAUGGUUUUUAAUAACCUUCCUCUACCUGACAACCGGACCAUCCGUCUGGUUAGCCACUAAUUUAAUUCGCGGUUUCGUUUUCUCCAGAAUCGCUCACACCUUAACAUACGCAGUCUGUCCCAUGCAACCAGGCAGAGCUAUUUCCUUCUUCGUUGGAUACAUUAUCAUGGGAUAUCAAGCUGUUAACUGUUUAAUGCAUUACAUGUGAACAAAAUUUUAAAAAAAUUCUAUCAGCAACUAUUUACCUAUUUUCUAUUUAGACAACCAAAAAAGGUUGUUAACAACUUUUCUUCGAAAAAAAAAACAUCAAAAUAAUUAUUAGAAAAAAAAGACACUUCUACUUAACCAUAUUUUCUAAAUGUAUUUUUCUAAUAGUUGUACUUUUUGUAAUUUAUCGUUUUAUAUUUGUAAUAUAAAUCUCUAUGAGUAGAAUUUUGUAAUUUGUGAAAAUGUUUGUUAUAAAUGCGAAAUAAAAUAAAAUUAGAUAGAAAAAAAAUGGAA